AUGACCUCGAAGAUUGUCCAGAACUUGGCGAAGCAAUUUCCCCGCCUACGAUCCAGGGGUAUUGAGAUUUUGCGUAACCCACAAACUAACAAGGUAUGAAAGGCCCCUUCGUUUGAAGCAGACGUAUUUUUUAAUGCUUUCGGGUUGCUUUGUGCGUUUUCUACUUUGGACACGGUUACGGAUGACAUGUCUCCUCAAUUUGUAGGCGCGUAGGAUCAUUCAUGGUUCUAAAGCCCCCUCCGUGAGGUAGUUUGUGAGUAUGGAAAAUAAAACCAAGCGCUUGGUAUUGUUAGACAGGAUCCUGUAAGCGGAAUUUAUUACUGCUGGUCGUAGUAACAAUAACUUCGAAUAUUCCACCGUCCAUCUUUCGCAUCUCAAAAUUAUAUACGUACUGGCCGGCAAAAUACUUCGUUUUCGAUUAAAAGGGUUUCUACCGAUGAAACGUAGCCUCUGUAGGUUGCACUGCCGUUUUCAGCGUCUAAUGAGUGGAUAAAGUUUGACAAGAUGUCUGUUUCGGGUCUUUGAAGGACUUUUAGGUGACGACUCAUGGAAUCUACCACUCAGUAGUCUAACCUACCUGUAUGGAGAGGCGAAUUGCUUUCUUUUUUCGCAAAUUCCGGAUUUAUGUCUGCUCAAACUAGUCACACAGGAGUGGGGCAUACCAAUGGCAACUAUAGUUGCCAUUUCAUCGGAAUACCCUUCACCUGGGAUAUGUAUCCCACCCCCCCCCACUUCUAGGUGGAUCGGUAUCAUGUGCUCUACGCGUAGUUUUCUAUGGACUAUUGUUUGUGCCAAUUUCUGCAGAAUUCUUGCUUACUGGAAAUCCAAAACACUCCCUACUGAGAGUUAAGUUUGUUUCUUCGUGUUUGAAACGGAGUACUGUGUGAGCUGCUUUCUCCAGCAGUAGCACAUGACUGUUUAAUAGUUGUUUGCGCAGAACUAUUUUUAUUCCUCCCAAUGGUUAGUGUUGUGUUGUAUUCAGCCAGAACUCAAAGGCUUAGCAUUCCGUCUGAUAUGUUUUAUCUAGGUGAAUCGGUGACAAUAUGACCAAAAUGUUAAAGAUGGUAAAGGGUUUUAGUGCGAGCCAAACUCACCGCAACCCAGUAUUGAAAAUAUAUAUAACAAGGCAGCCUACUACCUACUGCCAGCCACCUGUCUAAAUAAGUCGACACUACCUGCAAUAUAUACGGAAAGUGGUAGUAGUAGGUAAACGUUAUAUCUCAUAAUAGUUAAGAAUACCACUUACUGACAGCUGGUUUCUCUGCUUCCUUUUAGGGUUCUGCCUACUCUCUUCGGGAACGCCAGGUUCUAGGCUUGCAUGGUCUUCUGCCUCCUGCAAUUUUAACACAAAAUGAGCAAGUUCAAAGCAUGCUCACUAAUUUAUACCAACUGGAUGAUGAUCUGGGGCGUUAUAAUACAUUGAUGUCCCUCCAAGAUCGUAACGAGAAACUUUUUUACAAGGUAAGCGACUCGCUUGCUCAUCUCUAUGACAGACAAUUACAUCUCACUUGGAGUAUACACUGCCUUUGAUAUAUACGCCAACUGUUGGGAAAGCCUGCCUCAAUUACGGAAUGAUCUUGCGGCGACCCCGGUACGCCUCUUUGUUUUUCUUAUUAAUUAUAGGGGUCUUUACAUCACAAAAAAUGACAAGGGACACGUACGCAGCAUUUUGCGUAACUGGCCUGAAAAAUACGUCAAGGCAAGUUAUUUUUGUCUCUAACUCAAGGAUCUCUUAAGGCUGUUGUUCUGACUGAUGGAGAACGGAUUCUAGGGCUUGGAGACUUGGGGGCACACGGGAUGGGCAUACCCAUCGGAAAAUUAGUUCUUUAUACUGCCCUUGGAGGAGUUCAUCCGCGCUUCUGUCUUCCUGUGACAAUUGACAUUGGCACAAACAAUUCUGCGCUUCUUGAGGUAAACACAUAUCGUCUUUCCCUGUCGAGCAUCCGACCGUCACGAAAUCAUAGCGUUUAGGAGUAUUUCUGGGUCUUCUGAUUCUGCUUUAUCACCGCACAUCUGCGUCCUCCCAUCCCAGGAGUCCGUAGCUUACAGAACUAACUUUCCCCUUAAGUUUGAUAUAUCUAUUAUCACCGUCUUCUUGAACACAUUCCAGUUCCCCUACAAUUUCAUCCUGUAGAUGGUUAUGGUCGUACCAUGAAAGGUGAUUAGUCUUGUAAGGCACACUUGAGUCCCGGUGAUGAAGGGGGAGUGGUCUUGAUAUUAAAGUUGCCAGUUAACUUCGUCAGAGUUGCUAUCCUUACAUUGACGCCUGCUGUUCCAGUUUAAGCUCCUUUUUAAUGAGAAACGCCUCCAGGCGCCUUAUUGUAUGCGCCAAUUAGGCUAAUUGGUAAGUGACCGACAAACAAAAGCUCGUGGUAAUAAUCUUACCAAUCAUAUGGCUAGCUUGCCUUCCCAUAGGUCGGGCCUCCUUGACAUUCCGUGGUCUAAGCCCUAGUCGAUCUCCCUCAAGAGCAUGCCAGGUCCAUUGCAACGGACACUGUGAGCAGUACGCAUCCCUCAGGAGUCUAUCAGCAUGAUUGGAUGAAUGUGUAGUCGACUACCAGAAAUAGCAGGAAGAACUCAUUUACACAAGUUUAAGGAUGACUGUGCUAUAGUGUCGUCAUCUAGCUCUGCAGAAUCACAUAAAGUAGCCGGUUGAGGAAAGUGCCCUAGUCGACACACUCGACCCCGCUGAAUCCUCUAAUAUCGUCACAUACUAACAACCCACUCUCUUCUGUCUCGCGGGUCUCGUUUCUGUAUCCUGUUCUUUACAUCGUCUUAUCUUAAAGAUGGGAUUUCUUAUCCCCAGCAAAGAGGGUAAAGCAAGCAAUGAAAACUUGCAUGGUUAGAAGCUAAAUACAGUGUUUCGUCUGCCCUUUACUGUUUCUAACCCGUUUGACCGUACAAGAGGAUUGAAAGAGUAAGCUCUAUUUUCCCGAGGCCACUUUUUGGCCUUUAUAAUCUAACCCUAAGGAAGGCAUUCUUAUUAACUGUUCAUUUUCGACCUCAUUUUUUCCCAGAGUGAAUUCUACACUGGUCUUCGUCAGACCCGCGCAAGCACCCAGGAAUACACCGAGCUUAUGGACGAGGUGUUGGAGUCCUUGGUCGAUCUGUGAGUUUACUGAACGCAUCUGUACCCUUUUCUAGCACUGUUGGUCUGCUUUUUAGCCGACGCCUUCUUCGUCAGGGACCUUAAUUUCUAGCCUCGUUGCUAAAUAACGGGACAUUUUCGUGGUUUCAGUGACAUUCCAUCCUUUCUAAGUACGAUAUUUCGAGAGAUUUGGUUCGCCAACAAGCCUCGUUACCCAUGUGACAUAGAGAAGCGAAAUCCAUAGCAAAGAAGAACAACGAGCAUAUAAAAGAGUCCAAAAGCAGAUGAAGACAAUCAUUCUGCCGACUGACAAAAGUCGUUUCACGGUAGGGCUCGACAAAUUGGAUCAUCUGAACAAUGCCAAGGGUCUAGUCGAUGAUCUAAAAUCAUAAAAGCUAUACUGUGUCAAUUAGAUGAAAAACCUGCUUGCUCAAAUAAAUAAGUUUGGCAAGACUCAAAGCCAAUGGAGCAGUCUCACCCAACGACGGAUUCUCAGUAAAACCGACUGGCUCCGCACUGACUCGUCUUUGCAACCUGCCAUAGUCGCGUGAAGCAAGCUUACCACUCAGGCUCGUCUCCCUACGCGACGGCGCUGUAUGUAUGUUGUAUGUCUGUAUUUAUGCUGUUGUAUAUUUGGUCGUCUUAAAUUUCUGGACGAAGCCUCACCAACAACAGUAGUUUCUGCCACUCAGUUCCUCAAACGCAAAAUACCUGCAUCUAGGACCAGAUUAGUCUAUGGUAUCCGUUGAUGGCGUUUCACUCCUCACCUUCAUUCCACAACGACUAGCAGUAGACAUGAAUCAGCUUCAGACUGAACUCUGCCAAGAGAAACAAACCCCCUGCUCGAACUUCUAAGACACUGUCCUAAAACGCAUUUCACCAUUGGUGGAUGGAUGUGGAGACAAACCUAAGGCAGUUAUGGGUUCCCAAUGCAAGGCUUGAUUGCUGAAGUGGUUCUUCAAUGAAUAAUACGCUGAAUGUUCACCAAGUAUCAACCAAACUUCGUGACUCGUUAUGUCGACGAAAUUUUCGUCGUCAGAACAACUUACUUUCAGGACCUGAAAGAAUCGCUUAACUCGGUUGACCCGAAUAUCCAAUUCGCGAUUGAGGUUGAAGCAAACAACCAACUUCUUCCUCGACGGUCUUGUUCACCAGCUUGCAACUGGGCAACUGCAGAACACAGUGUCUAGAAAAUCCAUCAACACAAAGCAAAUAACACUGCCCUUCAACAGGAAUCACCCUCUGUCUGACAAACGUAACUGUAUCCGCGCACUAUCCCGAGAAGGUGAAACCCGGCAGCACACCACCAAACAAGAGAUCCGAAUGGCUUUACCUUCAUAACCUCUUUAGAGCCAAUUGAUACUCAAGCCAUCUUAUUGGACAAAACCAAAGUGGCAAAAACCCGGGAUCUAGAGAACCAUUCCCUACAUUAAGGGAGUCUCUGAGGCGAUUUCUGGACUGUUACAACCCGCCAGAUUAGGCAUAACACGUCUACCUCGGCAACCAUUUGUCGUUUGAUGCAACCCAAGGACACGCUGGCACUCAUUUAAACCUCGGCUGCUGCCUACAAGACGAGUUGCAGUGCUGCUACUUUUGAAAAAACCGGCAGAUAAUUUCAAGCCCGCCCAUACGAACAGAAAUUGGCAACUCGGAGGCUAGGCCCAAACUGUCAGCUUGCAAUGCACACUGGAGAAAUUGGUCGUACUUUUGACCUUUGAGGAGCGACCAUUUUAGACAAAAACAACUCAAGAACAGGACGACUCACACUUGGGGCGUGGUAUUCAGAUGCCAGCUCCAUAGGCAGGCACCUUGCCCUUCCCGCGGUUUAUAAAGUUCUGCGUCUUCACGUACACAAAGACAUAAGACGGCCACGGAAUUUGAGAAAACCGAGCACACACGGCCCGAUGACGAGCUCACCCAAGGGCAAACCGAAGAGCCACCAAUACGAAUGGCUCCCGCAGAGGCUCAAUCACCCUCUGUCUAGGUGAUGACUCGUAACGCACACAGCCGUCAAGCCCACCAAGCAUCCACCAAAAGACCUGGGCUGCGAAACCAGAAGGGAAUCGACCGGUUCAGGGCCGACUAGCUCGGCAAGCCGUUUUUUAUCUAACACUGGGACAGUGGUUAGCCGACUAUGCUUUCCGAACCGUGAGCAUUUCAAUAGAUCUGUUCCGGUAAGCCUUUUUUUAUCGGAGAGUCAGUCUACACGCGCCAGACAUGGCCCGGUCCCUAACUCCACAUGUGCCAGGUUUUACUCAGGGAGUAUUGGAUCUCACGUGGGAGUGUCGUUAUGUCCAUACUAAGGAGGCACUGUAGUCUGACUCAGUUCAGUCGGCAACCUUCCAAGUCACCAUAUUUAGCGCAUUGUGAUGAAGUCCAACGGAAUGUCAACGGAUGAAGUCAACGGACUGUAAUGUCGAUUGGACGACCUCGCUGAAUCAGUCGAUUCACCGAGCAACGCUUUGAAAAUCGAGAUAUCAUUAAGCUCUAUCUCUGGACAUGGGAAAGCACGCGUCAUGAUUAAAAACUUGUCGUGAGGGAGUACCUUGGAGACAAGUUGCUGACAUAUCAAUUACCAUUGCGGUCUGCCUGUACCAGGCGUCGGUCUGGUUAAUCGUUCUUUGCAGUUGUUAAUGUUAGGCUGUGCAUGUGGAAGGCAAGGGAAUUGAGUUUUUGACCGUUGCCCGAAAACGGUCGUUUGAAUUAAGUACACCGACUUCAACUUGAAUAAAGCAGUCUCAAGACAUCCAAGAAGGAGGGUUGCGAUGUCCCAAGCACGUUUUUCAUCGCAUAUCUCGUAAGUACACUGCUGCCACUCGGAUUUUGGGCGCUAGAGAGAGCAGGCCAAAUCGGUUAACUCUGCUAUCGUAGAUCGUCGGUCGUGAAAAACGUUCCCCAAGACAUAUUCGACACCGUUCAGAAUAGGCAUAACCAGGCUGGCAGGGUUGCCUUGCCAGCUCUGCAGGAAUUUAUACCACCCUACAAUAGGCCGCCCUGCAAGGCAUAGCUAUAAAAUUAUCAAUUAUUCGCACAUUUGAGAACCAUACCGUUCUUAACUCGACGCCACAGAUCGGCCGGAAAUCGGCAAGUUGGUCCACACCAACCUGUGCUGAUUACAGGAUUACAGUGAGUGGAGUCUUUAGAGCCUAUACGAGCGACUGCAACUGAUCAAUAAACGGAGCGUCGACUAGCAACUUCUUUAGAAACCGCCUACGUUAACAGGCCCUUUAGAGGAGUUAGCCAGCCACCUAAACCCCGCGUUUAAUUCAUAAACGCGUGGGAAGCCAAAUUUCGUGCCUGUUCCAGUGUCACUUGCGAAAGCAAUAAAAAAACCAAUGUCCUCGGCCUUGCUGGCAUAUCGAGCCAAACUGUGUACCAAAUCCUAAGGCCCAUAUGCCUGCGUGUAGUCAAUCCGUCCGUUCGAUUUCUGCCUUUUUUAGUCACGAGUGCCGAUGUCAAGGAGACUAGUAUCAAAUCAGAAGCAAAUCGUCUUGCCCAAGGGGUUCGCAAAAUAUAGGUGGAAUAAAAAUAUAUAACGCAAUGUUUGACCCCAAUGAUUGGUGGAAAGUCGGUCUGUGCCCCACGAAGGAGUUGUUAUGCCAGUAAAGCUGUUUAGAUGUCGAGAACGCCUUGCACUUUUUGAGCCAUGUGCAUGCCCUUUUUGCGUUCCGGUUGACCUGUCGCAACGCUCACUCUUCCGGCCCUUGUCGCGUGUUCACGGCAACAUUAAUGACCGCCCUUCGAGUGAAGUUGAACCGGCCUCGUAGACUAAGGACUGCACGGCCAGGGAUGCGCUCAGAGUCUGCUUUCACCUCGUCAGCAUAUCAUUAGUUGGCAGACUGAGCGCCGUCACCUGCUAGAGUAAUUCUCGAACGAGAUGUUGUCCGGGACCACUUUGCCGUCAGGUUGGCCUAACACAUGGCCCAGCUGUCUCGACCGGCUAAUAACGGGGAUGCAGUUGACUGGUUGUUUUCUCGCCAGACAACAUUGUCGUUCGUUGGAGACGCGAUCGGGAAGACGAAUCUCAAGGACUGAGCGCAAGCAUCGUCCGUCGAGUAUGUCCGACCAUGGGUAUCUUCUGGGUGCAUGAAUCAUGUUCCGCAUCCAUGUAGGAGAAUUUCUUGAUGUGGGUGUCGUAUGGUCGCGGCUUGGUUUUCGAACUGGUUUCGCACCCCCUGCAGAGGUUUGAUGAGGUCAAAGGCCGCCAGCAUCAAAUAAACCAGGUUUCAUCUUUACCUUGCCCACUUGCGAGGCAGUUCGGCUCAUGGUAGCGACUGUCCACCUGUCCAAAAGUUUUACAUUUUACUGUGACGAGACUGCCAUCUCGGACCGCAAAAUCGGAGAUGGUUGAGAUUUUUUGGUGAAAUCGACCUUCAAGUCUACGUUGACUGCCUGCACACAUACCUGGAGCACCAAACGCUUUAUUGUUGCAAGGAAGCUCUCCAGCACGGAAACUUCAUCAGCGCGGUCAAGACGCAUAAUGCAGAAACUACGACGGGCAACAACGCAGUGGUGCACCGGCGCGUGUUAAAGAACUCAAUCUGUCGCGCAGUUGAACAUAAUAAGUGAAAAAAACGCAGUAGUGACGGACGCCAAAGAUGAACUCAGAGAGGUCGAUCUUGGCGUCUUCUACACCAGUCUCCAUUCUUGUUUGGUGGAACGUGAUGGUAGUAGAGAAUCAACCACAAGGAAUCCUGCUGUGUAGAAUAGGACGCAGAAGCGAGACGCAGGAGACGGACGAAAGUGACGGCAUUCGAAGGUUUAGCAAGGCCAGGUGAGGCAGGUCAUCCUUCCCGGCCCCGCCAAGGAGUGCACUGAUGUCUUCAUUCUGGCCCGCGUGGAUUUAGGUGGCCAUGUAACCAGUCGGCUAAUCCGUCGGAAAAUUAUAUAUCACCAUCGUCUACUGGUAACAGCUGAAGUAGUAGGGUGCGUGACCCAGCACGCUGUUUACUUUUCAAGCUGCCUUAUGCACCCUGUGGCGCUUUCGCGUCGGUGUGCUGUACAUCGAUGAUUUUGGAUGCGCUGUAUCGAGUUUGUCUGGUAAGGUUUCCGGCCGAACACAAUGGAUUUUGGUUUUGGACUAUCCUAACCAUGCUGGAGGUGGUGCCUUAUCCAAAACGCUUUUAUGGAGAUGUGCCUUUUGAAUUACAGUUCGUCCUCCACAUUGACCUUAGGCCUCUUAAAAGCGCAGCUAAAUUAUUGUUUUACGCCGAUAUCAAGUCGUUCCUUAGUAUACAAGAAAUGUUUCUUCAAAUUGGCGGCUUUGUUUAGUCUUCCUUGAACUGCAAACGUCAAUAGCACCGAUAGUUUCUCCGCCGCUGGCGACGAGACCUGAGCCAUUACGGUUCCACCAGGGGUGCACUGGCAACUAGUCCGCAAGAUUGUUUUUGAUGAGGCAGAUUACUGUAAUACGUACCUCCCUCUUCCCAUUCGCACCGUGUUUAAAUGACAUGGCAGGGCCAAACGACCGUAAGUGGUCGUGAGCGCAGCAAAUGAUGGACUUAAUUGGUCCCGCUCGCUUCCCCUUCUGUGUCUCGGCAACCUUUCCGAAGUUAGAUUAAGGCAGUGACCGACGUGACCCGGAAUCUCCCUCUAACGUAUGCAGGACGAGUUAUGGAAUCUGAAGCAUGCCACAAAAGCCACAUUAAGAAGGAGCUAUUGCAGGCCGACCCUCGUUUCAUGGGAAGGCUAACUUCUGUCAGCUGGCAGCCUUCCAAGUCACAACUUAGAGCGCGUCAUGAUAGGUUCAUGCGAGUCAGGUUCAUUUAAGCGAGAGUUGCGCCGAGUUGCCAUGAUAGUAGUAUCAGUCCCAUUUCAGUUACCUGUUCCCAUUCACCAUCGACCUGUUCGACCCGGUGGGCCGGCUCAUAAUGAAGUAGAGGCAGACUUUGAAUAAUUCCUAUUGACCCAACUGUGAAAAACUCGGCGCCUCGGUGGGAUUCGAACCCACGCAGUAAGGGGAAGGCUUUGGUACAGCCAACACUCAAACCACUUGAGCUACGAGGCCCCGCCGGACGACGCGAGUUUAAUCACAUUCGGGUCAUGUUUACCCGUCCAACCAACUGCAACAUCUGGAAUUCACCAAAUCUGAUACAGUAAGUUGACUGCCCAAGCAGAAUUUCCUAAGUAAUUCACCUAGAAUCCACCAGAUGACUACCAGGCUCACGCAAUUCAUAUAAUUACUUACUUAGGAAAUCCUGUUUGGGCAGUCAACUUACUGUAUCAGAUUUGGUGGAUUCCAGACGUUGCAGUAGGUUGGGCGGGUAAACAUGACCCGAAUGAAAUUAAACUCGCGUCGUCCGGCGGGGCCUCGUAGCUCAAGUGGUUAGAGCGUUGGCUGUACUAAGGCCUUCCCCUUACUGCGUGCGUUCGAAUCCCACCGAGGCGCCGAGUUUAUAACAGUUGGGUCAAUAUGAAUAUGAAUGGGGUAGAGCGCAGUGCCUGGUGUGUCCUAAGCGUAAUAUGGUAACUUGGCAGGUUACUUGUCCGACACUUCCGACAACGGUCUAUAUCACAAGUUAGAGCUCUUAGGAUUACAGUUAACCAGACAUAAGCUGCAUUUAAUUAUGUACCCGACUUGUCUCAGCUAAAUGUGUUUGCCCCUCUAGAACUUCAGGAUGCAUUGUCUGCAAAAAAAUUUAGCCCAGGAAAGCAGCGCUGCGAAUUUGGCCCUUUGACUUUUGUUGCGAAACCUUGCUUAAUUGGAUUUAGUUAGGUAUUACGUUGUGUUUGCAUACUUCUCACAACAUGUCAGUUGUUGCUAACCUUGGAUGACAGCAUGCUUCCUUUAGAGUUGUUGGCAGAGAGUCGUCAGCAGGUUUGUAGACUUGAAUUGUACCGGUGCACUAUGCAAACAGAUUCAUUGCUCAUAUCCAGCUUCAAUUAGGAGUACAUCAAAUUCGUAAUGUAAGGCGCCCUGACUGCAAGAGUGGUGUUUGCCUUUUUUUCUUCAGGUACGGGCCAAACGUAUGCGUUCAGUUCGAGGACAUGGCAAAUCAGAACGGCUUCCGGUUCCUUGAACGCUAUAGAAAGGACUACGUCGUCUUUAAUGAUGACAUCCAAGGUAGUUGUAUUUUACUCGAAGUCAUUGGGCAACUGACUUUUUCUGUAGAAAUAUCUUUCACCAAAAAGCAACCGUAGCAUUGUUAUGUUUACAGCCAGGUUGCCCCAUAGGUACCCGUUUUUCGUAAGUCUACCUGAAAUGUGAACUUCACUGGAACCAGAGGUGGAAAUGUGUGCAUUUGUCGGUGCACGCUGUAAAGGCUCAACUCGCCCCGGGCGCGCCAUCCACCCCUCUCCCUCUCCCCCCCCCUUCCUCCCACCUAAGCGGAAAUCUGAUUUAUUCAUGCCUCAGUCGGUCAGCGUUGCACUUUAAACUGCAGCAAAACAACUUGCGUCGUACAGAAACUUCCGCUUUUGGUGCCAGGACUGUUCACACAACUCCAUCUCUUAAUUGCGGAAAUUUUCUGUUGGUCAUCAAAAGGUUUACAAUGAGAAAUAAAUGCGCCGCGGAUGCCGCAACAUUCAUAGCGCGGCGUAGUCCGGAAUCUGUUUAUAUUAGAGUGGCUCAUUAGCGCGAUUUCCUCCUGUUCUUGUAAUCAAAUACGCCCGUCCCAUGCCAUCACCCCCCUACCCCCACACUUUCUUUGUUCAACAGAUUUGAUGGGCUUGCCGAAGGGAAUAUGCGGCGUGAGCGUCACAACGUCCGGUCCUGAAACAUAUUUUGAAAUGCAUCUACAUAAUGUUUUGCCUGUUGUUGCGAACUCACGAAGACACUGAAAGCUAGAAUGGCCGUCUCUGACUGAGUAGCCGUCAUCAGUCAGUGGUCCAGAAAUUCGCAGAUGCAGACCUGCCCCAAGCCUUCAACCUAGAUCCAGUGGGUCACUGGCCUCUGUCCACUUAGCUGCCGAGCGGAAUUUUUGGUUUUUAGGUGUAUGUAAUGCCCAGAAUCCUACCUACCUGGUGACGUGUUACCGCCUACCCAUUCGACAAAUACUUUGGCGUUCUUUUAAAGCUUGAGUCCUAGAGUUCCCUGUGUAGGAAUCCGUAAUUCGACAAUAUUUCGAGAGGAAGAGUAGUUCAAAUGAGGAGAUUUGAAGAUAAAAGAACAAGAAAACAACCAAAAACGAUAGGUGCGCAGCGCAGGUUGAGAUAUCGUCCUGGAGAACGCAAAGUCCGGUCACUGGGAGGAGAAUUGGAACAAGCAUCAGCACUUUUUCAAGGGGUAGCAAAUGUAGAACCACGAGAAAUAACAGCGUGUUACAUGAGAAAUCGAGAAAUUUGGCAUAUUACGGCUCAGCAAUUUCUACAAAUUGCACUUGUUAUCAAGGGCAUUUUCCUCUCUUUUUGUGCUGCCACGCUUUACGACUCAAAAUUCCUGUGCGGUCUUUCUUUCCUGGUAUCUGUUCCGGCCGUCUAGUGAAACCUUGCAGAUGGAGAGAGGCCUGUUUAAGGGACACACUAGUGGGUCUCAACUACUCCCAUUCUUUAGUAUUUAUCAGUGCUCCCAACGGGCAUUAUUUUCAAGCGGUCUGACGACUGACGCACUUCCAACCUCUGGCGUGCGUCCACGCCUGGACAGUGUUCGCUACAUGCCUCUGCAAUUUCCCACCUGCAUAGACCGCCGUUUGCGUGCGUGCGCUCUCUGGUGACUCAUCAAUUACAGUCUGCAAAGCAGGCGUGCUAACCAGCACACAACCCCUUGCCUUUCGUCGAGCAGACUUAAAAAGUGCUAAUGGAAUCAGGUCUGCAGUCGGGGGGGGGGGGGUGGUGCAAGACCGCCCUGCUAGGCCGUUAAGCUCCUGGCCAGGGACAAACUAAGGCUGACGGUUCGAUGGUCGUUCUCACUGCGGGCCACCGUUGUUUCUAGGCGCAGUUGUCGCCCCUGCGGCGCCUGCUUCACUCUUCCCACAUCUGUCAUGUUCGAAUAGCAAGACAGGUAGGCUUGGAUCAGUCACAGGAUUCUUGUCCAAGAGGAGGCGCCUGUGCAGUUUUCUAAAGAUCACCGUUUUUCACAGCAGAAAUACCAGCGUUAGAGGCAAGGCUUGCGCCUAGAUCACUCCUUCAUUAGUUUCGCCAAGAUCGUUCGUGGAGACAUACGCACUUCUUAUCUGCCGUUUUGACUUUAUUACGCUUCAACUGUCAUCACUAUCUAACACCAUUUUUUCUCUUCCCUCCAUCCCGUCUCCCCUGGUAUAGGUUUGUUUGUUUGUUUACAUACCGUUUUGUCUUAAUUGUUGAGGUGUUUUGGAGUCAUUACUUGACACUGUACGUUUUGUUUGCUUUCUGGUCCGGAGAAGUGUUUUCUAAGUGUUCAUCGUACGUGGUUUGCACGUUGUUCGGAAAUCUGGGGGACUAAUCUUACCCCCGAUAAUUACCUCACACUUUGGUGUCAACUCGCAUGCCUCACCCCCCUACCAUUCCGUCGGCAGUUUGCCAGCAUUUUUCGCUCACUGUACAUUCUCUAACACCUCGCUCGCACUCGGUCAACGCGCAUGUCACACGUUAGCCACGCGAGGGCGUUUUACGUUGCGAGUGAAGGACGCAGUUUCCGCAGCGGACAAAUGUCCGCUGAGUUCUGGAAUCUAGCUUCUUCUAUCGUUCGCCAAAUAGCCAUUCGUCGUAAGUGGUCAGACAGCGAUAAGAACACUUUUGACAGCGAUCAAGAACAUUCAGUUUUGUGAACGUAGCGUGCCACAGUUCCACCCUGAUUGCGGAGGAUAAAGUGACAUUCCUGUUUUACCUUGAGGUUCCGAGUUCAAUGCCCACACAUGGCCAGUAUCAGUCACCAAGUUAGAAACGUGACCAACGAAAAUAGCCACACUGGUAUGGCCGUUUCUGAUUUAUAGAUCGUUGUCAGCUAUCGACAUGUGCUGGCCGAAAACUUUUAUUUGAUCCCGGACGCGUUGCCUGCGAGCUGGUUAGGCCAACCUGAUCGUAAAGACGACAAAGGAAGUUGAGCGAUUUCAAUAGUGAUCAUACAGCUGGCUAAUAACAUAGAAUCGUAGACGUGUACAUUUUAUUUCGAAUCCACUGGACAAGAGCGGGCAUAAGGCCAAACACAAAGGCUUCUCAGAAGAUGCGAUCACUGGAACAAGAGGUUUUUUGUCCCGAGCGUUCAGAUUGUCACUCCAACCCAUCUUCAGAGACAGUCGCAGACCCUUGAUCUGCUAUUUGGAACGCCUCUUCGCAUCUAUCGAUAAGAGUUUUUGACUAAGAUCCAUUUAUUGGCGUUUUGACAGCUUUGAAUAGUUCAUUGGACCCACGACAUCAAGGGCAAGGCGUGAGUAUCUGUGAUGCUCUAUUCAAUUGAGCCACGACCCCCCCCCCCCGGGGAGCCGUGAAUCUAAUCACAUUUGGUCAGGUUACCCAUUCAAUCUACUGCAACGUAUGGAGUCCACGGUGGGGCCUCGUAGCUCAGGCGGUUAGAACGUUUGCUGUUCUUAAGCCUUGUCCUUGUUGUCGUUGGUGCAGCGCAAGUCUGCCCUCACUAUAAACCCUGCUCCCACCCUGCUGUGGAGCACACGGUGGUCAUCGUCGAAACCGACGGUCGAACUCUAGGGUGCGAGUCCCACCAAAGCCGCCGAAUUUUUCGCAAUUGAGUCAGACGAAGGAUCAAUUAGUAAAGGUCGGAGGUAAAAACAGGGUCUACAGUUUGGGCGCCGUGAUUUCAGUGUAACACCAAAUCACCGACCCGUAGACUAGCGAUUUCUCCGUGCAGUCUCAAGGAGCACAGUUGAUUAGAACUUACGUCUGCUUCUUCAUCGUGGGCCGUCUUCAUUAUACUGAACGAACAGAUUCCCUCUGGCGUUAACAAUUGAGCCGUUUGGUCGUACUGACGUGUUUUCGACUCAGAGUAUGCUGGUUUGUAUGUGUUUGCAUCACUUCCGUGACGUCAGCCAAAAGUUGCUCAUACAGUAAAACGUUUCGGAUUGGAAGUCACUUGACGACUUCGACAAAAAACUGUUGCGCACAUACUUCUUCUUUCGCAUCCCUUUCUGACUUUUGGCUGUCUUGAGGUCUAGUCUUGAUAAAUUUGUUCACUCACAUCCCUCAAGAAAGGCCGUCGCGGCGCUUUCCAAAUUAGCCGAAUGUCAGUUGUUGCAGGAAAUUCAAAAUGGUUGACUCAGCGUUCUAGAAGAAAGUUUGCUACUAUGUUUUAGUAAGUAAAUUCGUCCCUGAUUACUCCCAUAGUUAGUUGUAACAGGAUUGAACAUCCAGAACUGGUAUCGUGCACCUUAUUUUGUUCGCAGUUAGUGUAAACACUUAAGCCUUCAUAACAGAGGGGAUGGCGUGUUCUAUGCAAGCUGCAUUCAUGUGAUCUAGGCAUCCGCACAUUUCUCUCAACUAUCCUCGGCCUCGCUUUUAGCAUAUACAACUGUGAUGUUUUUUAUAACGAUUCAUGAGAUUGGUAGUUUAUUUGGUGCAUCACUUUUGGUAAGAGACGGACCACACUAUGGGCCAUGUGAAUUCAUUGAUCCUAGUUUUGAACGGGCCAACAUUCCAACUGACUUUUGUAAUCUCCGUACAGAGUUUACUCACUGGUUCAUGCCCACAAAGAGUAAAAGCACAUAGACGACAAGACCACGCAUGUCCUGUCGAAAUUACAAAACUAGUUGGGUGGGGCUUUUUAGGUCAAUGCAUACUCAUCCCCAUGCUUUUCGGGCCGCUGGCAACAGCGCCUGCUAAGGGGCUCAGACAUUUUAGUUACAGGAGUGCACAAGUUACCGGGACGAGGGCGGUGGCCCAAGAAAGUGGGACGGACGUUCGCCGGGUUUUUAGGGUUAGUAGAAGGUGGGCCAGGCAGUUGGUCUAGGUACUUAUCAUUCAAAUGUGAACAAAUUGCGUGUGGCCGUCUAUUGUUACCUUUAGGGGACACUUUUUCGCCGCAUCCUCACACACACUGCAGCGCAGAAGCCGAGCAGCUGCGGGAACAUAAAAUCCUAUGGCACCUCUUCCUUGCCAAUGGAUAUCCACACAGUUUUGUAAACAAAUGCUUGUACCAAAGACACACGAAGACAGACGGUGAGAAGAAACAAAGACCAGAAAUCUUCUGUGUUUUGCCCUAUGUGAGUAACGUCUCCGAAGUCGCUGAGCGCAUGCUAAGACCGCUAAGCGUGGGCGUUGUACACCGGCCGGAGACCACCAUCCGCCGCUUAAUCAUGCAGCCCAAGGGCCGGCUACCACCGGCAGACACGUCAGGCGUCAUUUACCGCGUCAUGUGUCUAGACUGUCUAGCCAACUAUUGUGGCAUGACCAACAAACGCCUAAGAACGCGCAUGCAUGAGCACACUUUGGCUGUAAGGGGAGAGGAUGUACGAUCGCAUGUCGCCGUGCGCUAUCUGGAAAAUAAUCACAGGUUCGACUUCGACGGCGCCCAAGUGCUCGGCCGAGCCGAAAGCAAACUGGCGAGGGAAGUAAUCGAGGCCUGGAAAUCAGACAGCAGCUCGAUCCACCGCAGUAUCGAUUUGCCAGCCCCAUACGAGGCCGUCAGGCACCAUUUACGCACGAGAGGAGGGCCAAUCAGAAGAGAACGGGACGAACCUAUCGGAUGCGAGCGCAGAUGGCCUAUUUAAACCCUGUAUUUCUCACUUAGUCUAUCUCCGAUUAUGUGCUCGAGCAUGAACACAAAAUGUCAGAUGAAUAAACCUUCUUCAGGAAUGAGCGCACACCGACCUAUUGGCUCCACGAAGCGAACAAGCCCCAUAUGGGUGGCAAAGGUCACGAACAGGCAACCAACUACCAGCCGAAGUCGGCCAAGUCAUAAUAGUAGCGAGGAGGCACGACAGAGACUACCAAUAGAUUGAUGGAGUACGGUUUGGGCCUAUUCUGCCUUCAUUCGGUCAAUCAUAAUCUUGGCCACCAGCUGGAGCUAAGAACACAAACCUGCGGACGCACUCGACGCAGAUGGUCCACCACCCGCGCCUACCGGAUAGGUCAUUAGCACUUUAUCAAACCGAAGUCCAUUAGCGCCUCGCUACUUGCUAUUCUCUGUGGAGCGGGGCUGUGGGAGAGUACUAGGUCCCAGAUCUUGAUUAAAUGGCGAAAAAUAAGUUUUAGAAAAGAAACGCUCCUACGCUGUUUUAAUGUUGGAACACCAGGUAUCCAUCCGGUGAAGCAUAGUUUGGGGCGCCACAGGCCGACGCAUUCACAAACCAUGUUUGGUUUCUCAAGGACAUACUGACUGGUUGUCAUUUUACGUGUCACUUUUUGUUUCGUCUCCGUGACUGCAUUACAAUCGGAUUACUCUCGGAGUUUUUUUUUCUUCAAAGGUGCCGCGGCAGUCGCCCUGGCUGGCCUUAUUUCUAGUACUAAAGUGACAAAGACUCGCUUGGUGGACAACAAGUACCUAUUUUUCGGCGCUGGUGCGGUAGGUUUUGCCUAUUUCCCAAGGUCCUUUGUAUUUCCCCAACCCAUGAAUAAGAAAUUUCCUUCAAGAUGCUACUAACAAAUGCCACGGUGGCGUUCUGCUGAAUAACGCAGUUUGCCUGAUUAAAGGUGAAUACAAACUAGGGGUUCCUUCUUUAGGAGGAACCCUGAGGACUGUAUUUUUCAAUAAUUUUGAUGUGCUAUUCAUAUGUUUAUAUCCCAAUAUCGCCCGUUAGCCAGCUUUAACCUUGAGGUAGGAAGUCGAAGUCAUAGUUUAAGUACUUUGCAAACGUUGGAACUGAAAAGUGUAGGCUAUAGCCUUGACCAGAAUUGUGUGUUGUUGUCACGUAUGAGGAUGUCUCUGAUGCCAACUUUACCCUGAAGCUCACGACUAGCCUGAAGACACACUUACGGCCUUCUGUGUUGUUAAAAAUCGCGUGAACUGCCAGAUAUCCGGUGUUCCUACCCUUCUCUGAUUUACGAUCUAUAUUAUCCAGGCAUAAUUUAUUUUCACUUGCAUUGAAAUUUAGCCGAACUGUUGGACAGUUGUGUGAACACUCAGCCAAUAGUUCUCCGCCCGAGUUUUCUAGCCUAAAUGCACGAUCUCGUGUGCGCCCCCGAUCUCGUCGUUAUUCUCGACUCUCUCGUUGCCCUUGAGAUUUCGUGGUCGCCAUUUGUAAGCUCUUAAGUCUGGCAAGAAACCGUGGAUGCUUAUCCCUACAGCCCGCGCGCAAAAUAAACUCGCCUGUAGACUACUCUCUGAUGUUUUAUUUGGAGGACGUUCUUUUUCCGUCAUUGUACCGCGUUCUAUUCGAUACCUUGCGGCCCAGGAUCGCGAACAUGUGCACUGCCCUUUUUUCCAGGCUGUGUGACGCGUAUAUUUUUGGUGGAAAGAACAACCACGUGUUCAGCUCACUGUUUCACACGGAUCCCGGCUACCUUGAUCAAGCCCAAGGCAUUGUUUCGGAGUCUGACCAAGUAUUUACUUUAGUGUGGCAGCCUGCGCACAUGGGACUCUGGCCCGUGACCAAAAAUGACCACAGCACCUUGUAACCCACAGUCGUUUAGAGCCUCUGUUCAUUUUAACCAUGGGUGGCAAACACACAUGGUUGAACGACGAUCUUCAGAAUGUCGUGGCUUUAAAUAACCAUCCACGUAGCUCUCCACUUCAGCUAUAUCUAUAGUUGGCCAGUAGCGUCUCGGUAGUAGGGCAUAUACAGACCCUCGGUAGUUGUGUCUUUGGGAUGCUCUGCAUCACAGGAAUGAAAGUGACCCAACCUCUUCCCUGCCUCCAAGUACACAUGCGACGGCUGAACAGUACACGUCCUCUAUGUAUAGCGGCUAUGGCUUCCCAACUGCUGAUUUACCUUUGUGAUGUGACAUUAGCUUCAUUUUUGACCAAGUCACUGACUCGCAUCACAUUCUUUGAAUUGAUGUGCUAAACUAGUUGCUUAAAUCAUGUGCAAGUUACCACGGCACUCAAGUCUGCAGCGUUCCGAUCGAACACGACGGGUGACCUUUCGCGAAUGUACCUAUUAAGGAAUUCUCUAUCUAAACAUCUUUGCUUACGCAAAGCCCCCACCUCAAACCAAACAGUUUUGGUAAAUUGUCUCAUCUCCCUCUGUUUGCCAACACCUGCGGCGCUGAGGUGCAUAACCCCUAAAUGUUUAUGGUGGAAAGAGCACAACGAUACUAUGGAUGUCGCAUAGGGUAGUAGGAAAUCACGCAAAGGCGUAGGAUCAUAAAUUCCUUCCCCAUGUGUCUUUUUCCGUCUGUUGUGUUUUAGGAGGAUUUCAGUAAAUGCGUAGGAUUGUUUACGUUGAUGGCCGUGCCAUCCAGACUUCGACACUUCACACAUUUUCGUCUGUUGUAAAUCUGAACUUUAGCAUAUAAACAAGUGGUAAACGAGCCAACUUUUCAGAGGGGUAUUGGUCGCUAUAUAAGAUGAAAGGAAAAGCUUUAGAACCCCUACCUGCACCAGCUCGUCUCCUCGGUUUUCCACCAACGAGGCGUCCAAAACACAGCAUUUAUCCAUCGCCAUCUCCAUCUUGUGUCUAUUAUUUUCGAAUCGUUCAGAUUGACAAUCGUCAUAGCCAGCAGCAUCGGAGAGCUAGUGUGUACAUAAAACAGGUGUCCGAGUGGUGCUGUCUUGCGGCUCUGUGCAUUUACAUAAAGAAGUUGCCUUUGUGAGCAGGUAAGUUGUGAAAUACUUAACAGUACCGUAUCCAUGAAGACCGGCUUAAAAGCAGACUACAUUAUGGUAUUAUUAAAAUGCAAUGAGUAUCCGCUGAUAUUCGCGUGCAACUACCUUGCGAUUGCAUCGACAACGAUCAUGUAGAACGAAAGUCACUGGGCGGACCAGAAAUAUUUGGCAUUUUCUCUCAUAGAAGGAGCACCUGAAGGCUUGUUACGACAAAUAAACCGUGCGAGCAUCCACGUUGGGCUCACAUGAUAAGAAAGUUGAAACAUAAUCGGAUACGAUCUUGAACUGGGAGGUUGUUGGCACAUGGCUGAGCAGGCAGCUCAGCGCGCCAUCUGCCGUUGAGCAGUCAUCAAUUAGCGAAAUCCACACCCAGUUCCCUCUGUUACCACAACAACCAGUCAGUCCUCGGGUCUCUUCCCAAGGACGAACAGACUAUGUCGGCUUUCUUAAUUCGUCCGCGUUUCUAUCCCUAGCGUAGGGUAGUGUCCAUAGAGCAAUCGUGAUAGCGACUGAUAGAUCUGCUCCCUUCUUGCAUAUCAAUUGUUGCACCUACUACAACUAUACUGCCGGAUCCGUCUCACCUGACGGACGUCCACCUAGACUCCAACUACUCACAGACACGAUUUCCUGCGAAACAACAGUAGGAACCAGGCGACGCUUGGAGAUAGUACAAGAAGACAUGCAUAAGUUUUGCGAUCUUUUCGUGAGAACGGUCUACAUAUGUUCACAUCAGUGGGAACGAUUUAAGGAGAUCGUAUAUCUGGAGGAAUAGGAGGGGGAAAACUGUGUACUAUUUAGACCGGAUACAAAGGAUGUAUGACAUACCUUUUCAUGAUGUUGUUUUAAGCGCGAGAGAAAAUAAUAAUGUGUUUGGAGCCCACCUUUAUUACGUCUCGUGGAAUAUGCUUAGUUGGCUGACGCAAAGAACAUUGGGUGCAUUUCUGUAAAGGACCUGUAGGUAGUCAGUUGUUACAAUUUUAAGAUGAACAUAUUCGUGAUAUAGCAACUUCAUACGUGAGACUUGUUUUCCACCAUUCCCAAGUAAUCAGUAGCAAUUAUAUUAGAAUUGCUGAAAAAUGUCUGCCAGGCAACGAAGACAGUCUUGUUUGAAGUAUCUGCAUACGUACAGUACGUAACCUAAUUCAUAGAAGGUGUCGAAAUUUACGAAUGAUUGUUAAUCACUCGCAAACCGACACCAGUUUAUGGGUCUAAAGAAUUAAACACAUCAAAAAAUACUAACGGCAGUGUUGUGUUGCCUCGAAAUGUCGUUGUUUUAGAAAAACGCAAAAUCUUGAAAAUUUCACAAAUGACUGCAAUUUAGUAAACUUCGUUUGUAGGCGUAAAGAAUGCCUUCUCAUGCAAAAAACGGAGUAAAUAUGAAAGUACAAAAAUAACGUUUAAAAAUAGUGUUUUAGUGUAGUUUGCAUCUAAAUAUCCUUUAAGGAUAAGUGCAAUUUCAUAUAUGGCGGUUUGUCAACAGCCUACAUUCUGAGUAUAGAUUCCAAAACAGUUUUCCGGGAAUUCGCGGUAUUCUUAACUCGUUUGAGUUGAAUGAGAUGCGGUUUAACAUGAGAAACGGAGUUUACUUGAUUUCACCAAUGGGGGACGUCGUAGAAGUAAAUGUUUUCUUAAGGUCACAUUCUGCCAGGCCGAUUGGUAACUAAUAAAUGUAAAUAUAAUUGACAAGCGUGGUCGUAAAUACAACAUUGUGCGUUUAUAGAGGGAAAUUUUCUUCCGUUAAAUUAAUUUGCACUUUUCGUUAGUUUUGGAUUACGUCGAAUUUCAGAUUGGCCUUGAAAUGUUGCUAAAUAUUUCAUGAUUUUCGGUGUUUUCUCCCGGUCGCCCAUAAAGACAGAUUCAGUAUCCUGUAUCUGUUGGAAACUUUAAAAUAAGAUACCUUUCGGAGGCCUUUACCGAAGUAGCGAGUGUUUGGGCGUUCUUCUUCAUGAAGGAUGUCGUUUGGGUCACAUUUGAAGACUCAUUCAAACAUGAAACUUCAUUUUCGAAUAUGGUGGUCGUCCACGACGAAAGAAAGGACCGAAUCUGUCUUCGAUCAAUUAGAAAACUUUCUCCUACGAGUUGCCUCUUUAAGCAGUGCUUUAAUGCUGUACUUUGUUGACGGAACUCUGUGUUCUUUGCAUUUUUGCAAGGUGAGGCCAAGAAUAUAUUGCAAUGUCCAUUCAUGAACAUUUACUUGAUAUAAUUACGUAAACACAAUUUCUGCUCAAGAAAAGGACAUUUUACUGAAGUGGCUGGAUGAGCAAACAAAAUGCGCAACGUUUAAGACUCCCAGACAUUCUACAAUUAGUUUCCGUUAUCAGGUUUCAUGAGAUAGGUCACGUACUGUAUGAUUGUGCAGCACAGUUGGAAUACAUGUACUCCCCCGACUUUCGGUUACACACUACUGUCUUCGCGCCCCCUCCCUGCCCAAACGAGUUCCGCUGCUGUUUCGCCAGACCAAACAUUGGCUUAUGGCAUGCAUCAGUCAGUUAACGCUGAGUCUGCAUGGGUCUACUUAUUGUCGUAUAUGCAUAUGGUACGCACCAGAAAGAGGCCCACGUUUUGCCAGUCAUUUCGUCAAACGGCAUCGCCAGUCGAUCAACGAGCUCAAGCAGACCUCUAAUGCUUUUGGCAGCGAGGAGGGCUCGAGGUCGGUUCUAUUCUUUGUGGAAACCCAGCACACCCUUCCCUGUGAUAGAGCUGCGCGUUUAAAGACAUCACGAAGGCUGUCCUGGAAGGUUGAAAAAUGAUGAAAUAACAUGAUCACCCUCCGUGCUAGGGACCAGACUAUGGCCUAUAUGUCGAACCUGUUCCACGCGAGAUCCAAGACUUUCCCUUUAAAAAGUUCGGGGCCAGUGCGUGCGCAAUGUGCGUGUACUGCCGCGUUCAUUUCCGUCUGUCUUAACUCCUACUUUCUAUAUAAAUAUAGUAGAUGUGGAAGGGCGAAUGAGAUAAAUGCGGCGCACAGAAACCACAACUGCGCCUUCUCGGGGACGGUGGUGGUCUUCGUACUCUGCGAUGAGCGAGCUCUCAUUAAUUCCUUCCGUCGGAUACUAUCCGAAUAACAGAAGUUAGCCUCUUAUUGUGUCAUCUACCGUUUUUAUUGCAGAACGCAACGGGAAUCGCCAGCAUUCUUGUAGCUGCUAUGAAGGAUGAGGGCGUCUCCGAAGCCGAGGGUCGAUCUCGCAUCUACAUGAUGGAUUCUAAGGGUCUCCUCGUCAAGGUAUUACAUUUAUUUUCGUUAGCAACAAUAUCUAAUUAUAUAAUCCCACGAUUCAAUGAAUUUAAAGGCCUAUGUACAUCUGCUGUCAUUCACGUUUUUCUAUGUCAUUUAUCUAGUUUCAUAUCGGCGUCACUUUUCGGUAUAUUUUAACAUACUCAGCUCUGGCACUUUUUCACAGAAGCUUGCCUGAUUUGUUAUGCAUUUGUACAGCAAAUGCUCUGAUGCUUUCCCUUUCUAGGCUCGAUCUGGUGGAGUUGUGGAACCGCAUAAGCAGCCCUUUGUUCGUGACGAUAUGGGGCCGGUUGAACGGCUAAAGGACGCAGUCACCGCCAUUCGUCCGUCCGUUUUAAUCGGUUAGUCAGCAUUCAUGUAUUGCAAGCACCUUAAUCACUUUGUUAAACCAAGUCUUCUAAGUUUCUUUUCGAGGUUCUCUCCAACCCUUCGACAAAAUUGAAUUUAAACAUCUGUGACAGUAACAGAAAGACAGUAUUGUCUUCUAAUUCGCUGUGUAAUGGGUCAUCGAAUUUUAAGAAGAGCAGUUAAAUUUGGUUUGCUUCCUCUGUGGUCUCUUCAUCUCAUAUGCGCGCGCCGGCGCCCUUCCAAGAUAAGCAUAUGUUGGCUCAAGCGUUAUUUUCUUGGUAGUCAAUCUGGUGGCAAAUUACGAGACCAAGACCAGGUUAGUUUUGAUUCGGCAGAAUAUCCUAGGUUAUGCGCAUUUUGUUCCCUAAACAACGAUAGGCGCAGUUGGUGUCCGAUGGUUGUGCACCACACUAUCUACCGUUACUUUUAAGUAGACGUUUUGUUCUUGCCAACGUUUUCAAAUUGAUGAAAUCCCUCCAAAGCCGACAUUUUCUUCUCAAACUGUUUCUCUGAUUGGCUAAGCAUCUUUUCACUAGCACGAAAAUUUUCGGGCUAUCGUAGCUAGUUUCGUGUUCUGCCAUCGACCAACUUAACGGAAUUAUCCUAAAUAGGUAACGACGUAUAAAAUCCGUAACAGACUUAUUUUUUUAAACAGAAGACGAAGACGCAAUCACUGGAACGCAGGUAUAUUAGUCUGAGCUUUCGAGCUCGCACAGAAGUCCAUCAUCGGAGACUGUGAGCGCAACCAUUGAACACAUUUGUAGUCGAACACUAGGGUGGGGAGGAGGGGCAGUGUCCGCGACCGUCGGGUUCGCGCUGCCGGUCUCGCAGUAGUCUCACAGCGUGUCGAUGGCAUGCCUCUUUGAUGGGGAAGUUAGGCAGCGCCACCUGGCUGCGUGGGCGUGGAGCAUUGUAACACGAGGGUAAAUCAGGUCGGAUGCAGUUAUGUAGCCCCACCUGAAGUAACCAAAUCCCAGUCACCUCUAAUACGGGACCCGUGGUAAAGGAGGUUUUUACAGGUGGGGCCGGGGGACGCACAGGCGACGAGGUCAAGUAGUUGUAUGCAAAAGAGAAACUAUUGGGUAUGCGCGGUUUUACUUUGAAUGGCUGAGAAAUAGUUGCGCUAACCCUUAUUCCCAACCCCAACAGCAUUGUGUCCAAUAGGUGGGGCUACCAAACUGCAUCAUACCGUAUAUAAAUUCGUCUGUUGAUAAAGUUGGUCUGACACCCACACUCCCCACAGUUCUUGCCUCUUCUUGUUACCGGCUCCUCCAGUGUCCGCGUACUCGCAAGGUCAAACUCGUGGCCUUCCUCCGGUGUGUAAGUAGUGACUUGAGACACUGAGUCACCUCUCCGAACGACCCGUUUGUGUUCGAGUAUUGACGACCCAAAGCAUUGCCUUGUUUGGCUUGUAUAGUGACAAAGACGGUCCUGGCACAGAAUUUGGUAAACUACGCCCAUAUACUUACCUGCGCUAAGCCGGUCCGUUAUCUGCAUGAUCCCGGACACAUUGUUUAUGUACGCCAGCAAGUGCCAAAUUGGUGGUGCUUCUCUUCCGUUUGUUCGUCGUGGGCGCGUACUCAUGCAGCGGAUGAAGUUCUUUGGAUAGCCGUCCGUGCGAAUUGGUCCCUGAGAUGGCGUAACUGUUGUACUCUUUCCUCAAGUUCAAAGAGCGCCCUGACAGCCACGUUUUUGUACCAUCGGGUGUUUGCCAGUGGGAUAGCUGAGGACCUGCGCUGUGUUAGUCACCUUUUCAUACACUGUUAAGUUUACCACCGGAUCCGCGCGUGACGAGCAUGUCAAGGAGGGGUACUUGUUGGGACUUCUCUUGUGAACUGGACUUCGGGGAAGAUGCCAAUAAGGAGGUUAUUAAAUUUCGAUAGCCCGUCCCUAUCAGUUGUGACAAAUGUUUUGCUCACGUAGCGGUGCCAAAACUCAGAUUCAUAGUGAUUGACGGCGACAUUUUCCAACGCUCGUAGGACCAAUUCCGCAAGUGGGCUGGAUAUUGGGAAACUCAUCGGUGUUUUUUGAUUUGUUCGUAUGUUCUGCCAUCAAAGGUCAAAAAGGUUUGUUGGUGGAAUGUAAAGAGUUGCAGUACAUGCUCGAUUGUUAGUGGUCAACCCCCCCUUUUGUCGUACUUCGAGCCGUUUGCGUAGAACGCCGCGCGCCAAUUCUGGUGGGAUGGAUGUUAAUAGUAAGACCACGUCAUAUGAUACCAUAAUCUGGUCAUGUAGGACAGUCUCUCCCCAGAUGUCGGCGAGGAACUUGGAGCCCGAAUCCAUAGAGGUCCUGGGGUCCCCUCGAAGAAAGUUUAGUUUUCGGGCUCUCCAUUUGGCCAAAUUGUAAGUGGGCCGCCUUCCAGGGCAACGAUUGUCCGCAUUUAAUCCAUAGAUCCUGGCCAGUGCUGUAUCAGUUGGUUUUUGUCUGUCGCCAUUCAUCGAGCGAGAUUACAUUUUUGUUCUUGAGUCGGCUUAGGAGCCCGGUUAGCCGGCCGGUCAUCAGUUUAGCCUGUGAGGAAGAUGUGGAUUUGUAGGAUUGUUGGUCGUUGGGGAGAGCUUGUGCCUUCUCAUUGUAGUCGAUGCAGUUCAUCAAGAGGUUGCUUUUUUGUCAGCCAGUAGCACUAUAACGUCCUUUUCCAUUUUUCAUUUCGUUACUGCCUCGAUUUUCGUGGGUGAUAUAUUAUUAGCGUGCGUGUUCAUCAUCAGUGGACGCAUAGUGGAUUUGGUCUCAGGCCUCAAAGGCAGCCGUGCUAAAAUAGGCUUCGUGGCUCACCACUAAGUUUUUAUUCGCUUAGCUGCUUCAACGGUGAUCUGUGUACUGCAUUUUCGUUGGUAUUAACUUCGGGUUUCAUUUUAAUGAACUUUUGGUCUAGCUUUGUACGCUUCACUUCCUUUCUCGUUUUUGCCGGAGUGGAUAUCGUUCCGUCCAGGCAAUCAGCAAUAAAUCCACCAAGCAAUGCCGCGCACUCUGUCCUUUUUUCUUCAAUGACAGUUCGGUACUUGCGUAAGCGCGGGUAACAGCCCUUGAUCGGCACUCCCGUCAUUUGCUUGCGAAAACGUAUAAUGCCUCCGCCCAAUUCUGUAUUCACUGGAGCUUUGUAACGAAGGUUCUUCGGCGUCAGUCCGUCACGAGCACAUUUGUGUGGGGAGCGUAGCUUUCCAUAUGUUGCUUCCCCUCGUGUGGAGAAUGUCUUCCAGCUGCGAACUGUGCGAAGCGCAUCGCACCCGAAAUUCUCACGGAUGGGGGCGAAUAUGCGCGUCUCAGGUUCUUCUUGAAGGAAGACGACAGGCAGGAAUUUGAAAAUUAUAACUGGCAAUGGACCUCCCUUUUAUCCUCGGAAAUAUGAAUUCACGCAGAGGGUUUAGCAGGCACUAGCUGGUCCCAAAGCUCUGUAUUACUCUUUGAGAUUUUUUAACUUCGAGUUUCAAAUUACCUUCUUAUCCCUUAGGCGCGUCUGCUGCCCCGGGUACCUUUACUCGUGAAAUCCUUAAUACAAUGGCAACAAUCAAUAAGCACCCUGUCAUAUUCGCACUCAGCAAUCCCACGGAAAAGGCCGAGUGCACCGCCGAAGCUGCAUUUAAGUCAACUGACGUGAGCCACUCCUUUCUGUAUUUCAGUGGUUUCGAGGGCUACUUAAAUUUAUGUUUGCUUUUUUGUAUCUGAUGAAUCUAUCUGACUUAGGAAUCGUUCCAACUUUUUACAAUUAUCUUGGUUUGCAUUAAAUACCUCGCCUGACUUAUUGCGCAUUUACUUAACUCGCCGUAUGCUAAUUUUGCAAUUGUGGUUUGGCAGUAUUAUGGAACAAAAUUGCUCAUGGUCUUCUUGCUACUAUCUGGAAAUGCUGCAUGUAUUCUGUCAUUUCGUUCAAAAUUUAAAUCACGUUCGGUGGUCUCACCUGAUAUCAAGAAAGGUGGGUGUAUAGUUUCUUCGGCAAACCACCGUACAGUCAUCACGACCCUUUGAGUACCAAAUUGCUGUAGUGUAUGUUUGGUAGUUUCGUCGACAUCUAACUGUUGUCAUUGUCUCCCGAAUAGCAUAUAGAGUCGCCUUCUAUUCACAGGCGGUAAUUCCUUUUAGAUAAAGUUCUCUUGCUUGUGAUGAUCAGGGACCUCCUGAUGGGAUUUUUGGUGUCCCUUCAAUUCACGUAGUACCCCCAUUCCCCAACUUCUGCGAGAUGUAGGGGAACGGUUACACUGAAAACUCCUGAAUCUUUUACAAGGGACCGAAUAGUUAGUGAACUACUUUUAAUAAUAAUCCUUAAUUGAUCCCUAACAAAACUGGGUCUUCCGGGAGAUCUGCCUUCAAGGUUAACACAACUUUCGCGGAAUUUCUGGAAUCGGUGUUAAGUUGUCUGUUUGUUCAUCCUUCCACGAAAAAUUAAACUCAUACGCUAGGAUCCAUGUUUCUUUUGUUGACAGCGUAAUCAGUGGGACGGCAAAGUUGGUUGCCAAAAAAACUUUCCCUUUUUACGUCAAAUUGACGACAAGGACGUGCUCUCCAAGUCGCUAGGUAUUGCGACAGAAUUCAGAGAGCAAACCUCAUUGCAACGGACAGCACACAACCACGUUGAGAACCAGUGGAAACACUUACUCCGGGUAUACGAGAACUGAACGAUGGAGUGAGCGAUGCAGCCAAUCAGUCUGAGCCAAAUUGUCAGUGGGCGUCAUAAAAGUUAGGGCUUGUGUUUACGAAACUGACGGUCUGACCAAUUUGCGUCUUCUAUUUCUCUAACGCAAUGAUUUGGUGAUACCGUCUGGGAAACACUGAGUCUAGACAACACGUCCUCACUGAUGGACUUUGAACCAUGUUAACUUUCACGGAUGCAGGUCUCAUUUUCUUCUGGCAUCAAGAGGCCACAAGCCUCUGAUGGGCUUGACUUGUAGUAAAGAGAAGCAUGUGUUUCUUAUAGUUUUCUUCAUCCUUUUGUAUUAGUCAUUCUCCCACCGUCGGUUAAUCCAAUUUUUCUUUUCUACCCUCGCCGAAUCUUAGUGUCGAUGCAUAUUUGUCAGCGGAUCGCCUUUCCCUUCCAUCAGAACGCCCUCUGGUGGGGAGUUCUUCCCAAGUCAGGGCAACAAUUACUACGUUUUUCCUGGUUUGGCUAUGGCAAUCACGUCUGCACAAAUCCGGCCUGUCACUCAAGAUCUCUUCUUGACAGCUGCUAAGGUGAGAGCAAAAGAGGGGGAACGUCUCAUGCCUGUUUGCCCUCAAUGCAUUUGCCCAAUUUCCGUUGAAGAAGUUUUCAUGCGUGUUUUUUGUAAUCUGUUCAAGCCUAGGCCAAAUACUGCCUGCACUAGUUACGUCAUUUAUGCAAUUGAGGCAAGGGGUGCAUAAACCCUCCUUGCGGUUGUACGACACCAGUGUUGUUUUUGGCGCGGCUAACGAACUUUUAAGCCCGUUGGAAUGUCCAAAAACUGAGAACCUCAACAAUUAUAUGCGCCAGCUUUUGCAGCUGAACGCGGAGGUGACUAGGUCUGUAAGUCGUUUGGCAUUGUCUAUCAAAAUCGUUGAGUCCAACCUUUCGUUGCUCAAAGUGUCCAACCAAUGAACAUCUACGCACCUAAGCACUAUGAGUCGGUCCCAAUGGCUGUUCUUCCCUGAAAUGCCAAUUAAGAUAGUGGUGUGGAAAAAGAGGUCUGCUCGAGAAAUAAACCGCUUAUGCUAAUAUUCUUAGAAAAAAAGAGAUUGGAGGACACUGGGGUUUUCAAAUUAGUCCUCAUUAAGGACGGUUGGAAAAUGUGAUGGAUAAUGGGGUGUGACGGCGUCUGAGGUCGGCGUCACGGUUUGAGUAUUGGCUUGCGACUCUGCUGCAGCUUGCUUCGAACCUACGUAUACUAAAGUUGGUUUUCCGCCGCGACCGGGUACUACUCGAUCUUCGUGCUUGGACUAAAAAUACUUUUAAAUGUUCUUCCGGUUGGUGCUCCUUUUCGCUUGGGUCAUUUUCCAGCCGCUAUUGUCAUGGCUGUGAGAAGUCCCGCUUCUAUCUUACGUUCAUGGGUUACCGAAAGGCCGUACUUUUCAUGUUUCGUACGCAGCCGAGCGCAGACAACCAGUGCUUCAGGGAAAACUGUUUCAUUGUUCGAGCUGAUGACGUUUCCUACCUAAAAUUGCUUUUCUUAGUCUUAGCCCUAGUUCCAGUAAAUAUGUAAGAAAUAUAGUUGUUAAAUAGACACUCUAAAGAGAACGCGGAAUGCGAAACUCUGUCAUUCGAUUACCAUCCCUCAUUCCCGGCAAGAUUAUCAUCUUGCUGUUGUCAUCAUUGAUGUACCUUUUGUUAAGUCUACCUCGCUUGAUUGUCAUAGAUGGAGGCCAUUAUAGUAAGAGUGGUUGUAUUCCGUCAAUCAGUCAAAGUUGAAUCGGCGGACUCUCCGACUGCAUAGACUUCAGUGCAUCUCUAUGGGAUACUGUACAUAGAUGAAAAUGAGCCUAUUUUGACUCGCGGAAAUACUCAGCAAGUCCGUAGAUCGUUUUAUCUGCUUUUUGCACUCCGUAUGCAGUCGAAAACCGGUUAGGAUUCCUCUUACUCAUUGUUGAGACAGCAUCUGAAGUUAGCUAUUCGCGGUCAGCGGUUAUCGCACUUACUCGUCCCUAAAGUUUCAUUUGUGCCUACUACGUAGGAUCUAGAUCUAUGAAACACUGUUUGUGGUUAUUAAAGUUGCAGGUGUGAACUUAUCCAACUUACUUCCCAGAAACCGAUGCUGCAGUCUUCACUGUAUGAGUUUUUUAACUGGCGACCUAACUGCUGCGCUUACCAACCCCUACUCCACUCUUUUACCGAAAUGACUUUUUAUUGAAUUAUUCUUGGAAAGUUUUCGAGACUUUCGUGAGAAAGAGAAGUGUUUUAUCCAAAAUGCUUGUUGAUGUCAGACUAUCUGUGCUAAUUUGUGUUCGGCAAAAAAACUUAGCUAUGUAGUCGUCGACCGUUCUGACACAAACUCUGUUAUUAUUUUUUCCAUGUCUGGGUGCUUUUUAGGCGAAACGUACGUUUAAAUAUCUUGACGCACUCGGUGGUUUAGUUUUUGGGUCAAUUGUAUAAGUGUCCAGUACCGAGAUACGGAAAGUACCGGCGCAGAUCUCAGUCGCCUGAUUCACUCCUCUCUCGAGGCGUUUCGACUGCAGCGUUGAUCCGUAAGCCCAGGCCUAUUCACGUGAGAAUUCUGACUGGUCUUUCAACGUGAAUAUUCAUCAUUUUUGAAGGAAUUAGCCGAAUACAAAUGCAAAUUUGUAUCUCCGUCCUCGACCCUCAGGUGUCCGCGUAAAGUCGGAUCCAUGCAUUCGUCGAUUUUGUCCCACUCCCGUUCACCCUUUUUCCCAUCCCCUUUAGUGCUCUCUAGCCACUUUUUUCUCGGCUGAAAGACCGACUGGCCUCGUGGGUAUUCAUAACUGUGGCGAUUUUGUGUCGUCUUUAGCUGUACUAGCUCCUAGUUAACUACCCUCUUGACAAAAUCAUGUCAUGAUAUUCAGCGGACAAUCUGCGUAAACACCUUAAGGUCUCAUGCCUCCCUUCCUCUCCUCAUCUUAGGUUCUUUCGCUUCUAUCCCGUCUAACCAAAAAGUACUGAAAAACAGAAGUGUGAUUUAGACAUACGAGCGUUGUUUCAUAUCGUUUUUGACUGAUUUGAUUGAUUGCUUAGGAAAUCCUGAUUGGUCAGUCAGCUUGCUGUAUCAGAAUUUGUGAAUUCCAUACGUUGCAGUAGACUGGGAGGGUAACUUGACUCAAGUGUGAUAAAGUUCGCCGCUUCCGGGCAGGGCCUUGUAGCUGCGAUGGUUAGGACGUUGGCUGUGCACAAACGUCGCCCUUGCAGUCGUGGGUUCGAAUUCCGAUGAGACCGCUGAGUCUUCGCAGUUAAAUGAUAUUGACCGGUUUCAUGGUGGGAGCGGCAAGGAGAAACUGCGUGCAAAACACGUACCCUGCGUCUUUGAAGCAGGGCCAUGCGUCGUCUGCUCAGCGCUUGCGUGUGUAAUUUGAAGUAGGCCUUAGCUAAAGGAACCUAGCGGAGUCCUCAUGCCCAUCACGCCUGAGACAAAUGCGUAUUGAUCCUAAUUUAUCAACAUUCAGGACUGCUGUUGUUGUUGUUGUUGUUCUCGUCUUCCGUUUUUGAUCGUUAAAUUCGUCGGGCGUGCGUGGUUGACACUUUGGUUGGGGGAGUACUUUAUCUCGAGGUUUUGUCCUUGCUGGCUUACAGUGUUGCGUCUCGGGACUGACCGCGUAAAUCGCCAGCUCUUCGCCGUGACUAAACUCAGCUUCGUGUUUUUCGAACAGCUCGAUCAGGUUCCUCCUUUUAGGUGCUAGACUGCCUGCUGGACAACUCUUCUAAGUAAUCGGCUGCGUAUGUGUAGGCGCUAAUUCGUAGAUCCUUUGAUACGCGACCAGUCUCCUAGGAGACUUGGCAUUCUUGAUAUAUUAAAGUAAACAUCUUUCGCGGAGGAAGGCCAUACGCAAAGCAAUGUUAACGCAGGCCCAAUAGAUAAAAUAAAUAGGACUUUUAUUUGGCGACCUCACCGAAGUUGGUUGGGUUGGUCUAAAAGCGGAAAGGGCAGCUCCAUCCUCAAUUAGGCAACCUUCCUCCGCCAAAAAACGACUUUCCGUUUUCCCAUGCUUGAAUUUGGAUGCCUCAAGUAACUGGAACGAGUACAAGAGGUCUACUAUCCUGUUUAGCAUCCGUUGAGCGAUUUCUGCAGACAUUGAGCGAAUCGUAUGUCCCGUUGAUUCCAACUCGUGGUUUUAAUUUUAAUUCGAAUCUUUUAUUUUCAUCUGUUACGAAUUCCAUAUGCGCCUAUCAACGGUCUGGUCAAUUCUGCCCUCAUCCUAGUGAACAUCGCCCCUUUUACCAUUAUUUUUUAUUAGUUGUGUGAAUUCUCCCGGGAACUUGGCCGCACUUCCUUUGUCGUCGUUUAAUUCCAUCAGUAGUCGGUUAUCGGUGGACACGCUUGGCGGAGCGUUCUCCGACACCGCCCACUUAACUGCUGUUGAUAAUGGACGCCUCAUUCUAUUGUUUGCACCCAGAUUUGAGGCGAACUUUUUGAUUUCACUUUUUUCAGCUUUAGAAUUAGUCGUCUGAUGGCAAUAAGCUCACUUGUGGGAAUUCAACAGAGCCUCUUUUGUUUGUCGGCGCCGAUAGUGCGUACCGAUCCUGUCGCUUUUUUCCGAAGGUCGCCUUAGAUGCGCUUCGCCUCGUCCAAAUUCGGGGCUUUUCUGAGAUAAACAGACUACUGCCAACUACCACUAUUACCAUUAUAACGAGUACUUAUUCGUCUGCCGUUUAUGUGGAAAUAUAAAAACCGCCCCACCUAUCACGUCGAUGUUGGUUUAAUCACAUUUUGCUUUUUCUCCAAGCAAGCCUACUCUUACUUAAAGUACCGCCAUCAUUCCCAGGUGACUAUUGUCUUCCUACUUCUCCAUCAGUCAUGUUUUUCACAUCUUGUCCCAGUGUUAACCUAUCUUCUUAACCUUCCCUCCGGUGAGCCCAAGAUGCCUGACGUACUGUUAGGAUACCGCCUGUCGGUUGCUCAUUAACUGUGCUGAUGCUCAUUGAACAAACUGCUUUAGGCAUGAGUUACUUGAAGGUUGAAGUCUCACCUGACUAAUAAUUUAACUUCCGUUUGCGAAUCGACCUUUUCCAACUUUUUGCUUGGUGAAUGACAACUAUAAUCGUCAUGAUUGUUUCAGGUUUACAGCUGGUGUCGAGUGCGUUAGAAACUAACCAACUAGGGUUGUUUCCUCCGUAGUCUAAGUUAUUACUUGAUUCCUCGUUUUAGUAAGGAGUGCCUUUGGCCUUUCGACCCUUGCCGGCAGGCUUUGUACUAAGGUUAACUGCUCUCUGGUGUGCCAUUGAAUUUUACCCACGUUUGCACUUAUACCAGCGAAAACUGCGAACUUGAAAGUGUAGCACAUCUAAAUAAAUUUGCUUCCUACAAUGGGGCUUCAAAUUAAACCCAUAAAAUCGGAUCAUUUGCCGUUUUCUGAUAGUCGUCCCUUCUCUACUCUCUAGACACUCGCAAACAUGGUUACUGCCGACGACAUUCGUGCUGGACGCAUGUUCCCGCCAAUUUCUAGCCUACGUGAAAUUGCCCACAAAAUCGCUGUGGAGCUAACAACCAAGGCCUUCCAUGAUGGUACCGCACAAUAUCACCCUGAACCACAUGACAAGGAAGCCUUUAUCAAAGCGAACACUUACGACCCCGCAUAUGUCGACUUCACUCCCGACUCGUACGAAUGGCCGCAGGAGUGA